AUAUUAUAUAUAUACAUGUGUAAUACAUUGGUUUAUUCAUUUUUUAUUUAUCAGGACGCUUUACUUUACAUCAUCGACAACACUCCAAAACUGGAAGCAGCCAGAUUUUGCGCAGUAUACUUACAAUCUUCAGGUUGCGAACAACCUGAUGGCUAUGAUUGGAGUAUAAACAUUCCUCAGGGAGAAUCGGUUCCUGUCGAGGUAAAUGAGGUACCUUCUAAACCACUCAAAAUAAUUCAUAUAAGUGACAUACACUACGAACCCGAAUAUGUUGUUGGCAGUUUGGCUGAUUGUACAAAACCUGUGUGUUGCGUUAAUGCAAGUGGAUUUCCCGAAAAUGGGAAAGGUACUGCAGCAGGAAUUUAUGGAAUGUAUGGAGACUGUGACACUCCCUGGGUCACUGUCUUAAGUACCUUUGAAAAUAUUGCUAAAAAUCACCCUGAUGUCGACCUUAUAUACUAUACGGGAGAUACAAUACAUCAUCAAAUAUGGAAUACUUCUGUAGAAUCGAAUAGCAGAGAUCUUAAUCAACUCUUAUUGAAACUUAACGAAAGUUUUCCUAAUGUCCCAGUUAUCCCCAUUAUUGGAAAUCACGAACCUAGCCCGGUAAAUGUGUUUGCACCUACUAGCAUAGAAGAAGCAAAUUUAUCAAGCAAUUGGCUGUACGAAGUUUUUGCUAACAAUUUGAAAAGUUGGUUUCCUUCUACAGUCCUCAAUACCUUAAAACAAGGUGGUUACUACACAGUCAAGAUUAAGAAUAAUUUGAGAAUAAUCGGUCUUAAUAGUAACCUCUGUAUAAAUGAAAAUUGGUGGUUGUUAUAUCAAGAUUGGUACAAAGACCCUGGUGGUCAAUUGCAAUGGUUGGUAGAAGUGCUGCUGGAGGCUGAAAAGAAUAAAGAAUUCGUUCAUAUCCUUUCUCACGUUCCAUCAGCAAAUGGUGAUUGUUUAAAGGUCUGGAGCAGAGAAUAUAGAAGAAUUGUUGAAAGAUUCCGAUAUACAAUCGCCGGUCAGUUUAAUGGUCAUUCUCAUAGAGAUGACUAUACACUUUACUUUGACUCCAAGAAUACCUCUCAAGUUAUUGGGUCGAGUUUUAAUGGUGGAAGUGUACAACCUGGAGUUAAUCCUAACUAUGUCGUAUAUAAAAUUGAUCCAACAAAUUAUGCAGUCACUGAAAAGGAAUCCUGGGUGUUCAAUCUGACUGAAGCCAAUAAAACCCCCGACAAACCACCGACUUGGUUUAAAUUAUACGAUUUUAAGAAAGACUUCGGCUUAAAAGAUUUGUCUCUUCAGUCUUUGUACAGUCUGGUUCAACAGAUGGCACAGAGUGCCGCAUUACGAGAAAAUUACGUCAGGUACCGGUAUAAAGGAGAAGAAGUACAAUGCGAUGAUUCAUGUUAUCAAAACGUUCUUUGUAGAAUUGUAACAUCAGAAUUAGGCGAUAAUACACAGUGCAAUGAAAUAAAAGAACUCUAUAAAUAAAUAUUAAUAAUUUAAUUCAAUAUAAAUAAAAACAGCAUACCCACAUUUA